UCUAACCAAGAAAGAAACAUUUCUUCCAGCAUAAUGGAGGGGUGUUUUACAAGUUUUGAUCAACUUCCAGAAGAUAUAAUCAUGGAGAUAUUAUCAAUCUUGCCUGUGGAGUCUAUACUGAAACUCAAAUCUGUUUGCAAAUACUGGUACAUACUUAUUCAAUCUCCAAAUUUUAUUAUCAAACAUUUUUUCCACAAAAACAAUUAUGAAAUUCCUUUUGUUCAUCUCUAUUUCUUUGAUACUAAUCAAUUAUCUAUUUCAAUUGAUGAAUACCCUUUGCUUCAAGAUUUUUACUUGCACAAAUCCACUUCUUUAAAGCCAGUAAUUGGCCCUUUGAAUGGACUUUUUUUUGUGCAUAAUCUUGAUAAGAAUGAAAUGUCUAUGUGGAACCCUGUAACAGAGGAAAUCAAGAAUAUAAUAGUACCAAGUCUACCUUUUUAUCCUUGUUUUAGUGGUUUGUGUUGUUCGGACUCUUCAAAAAUGUUGCAUCACUCGUGUGAGAUCCUCCAGAAAUGCAUUGUUUCUGGAGGUUCCGACAUGCACCCGUCAAUAUUUUUGAAGAGUCCAAGCAACAUAGAUUUUAGCCUAUGUUGUUCGGACUAUCCAAAAAGGUUGUCGUAUCUGUGUCCGAAUCUCAAGAAAUGUGUUGCUUCCGGAGGAUCCGAUACGCAGCCGUCGACAUCAUGUUGCUCAGUCUCUCCAGAAAUGUUGUUGCAUUCGUGUCAGAUCCUCCAGAAAUGUGCUUCUUUUUCUUUUGGAGGUUUUGACAUGCACCCUUCAACAUUUUUGAAGAGCCCGAACGACAAUGAUUUCAGGCUAUGUCGUCGUUUGGACUCUCUAGAAUUGUUGCCGCACUCGUGUCAAAUCCUCCAAAAAUGUGUUGCUUCUCGAGAUUCCGACACACACCCGUCGACAUUUUUGAAGAGUCCAAGCAACAAUGAUUUUAGUUUAUCUUGCUCAGACUCUACAAAAAUGUUGCCGUACUCGUGUCGGAUUCUCCAAAAAUGCGCUUCUUCUGGAGGUUCCGACACGCACCCGUCGAUAUUUUCGAAGAGUCUGAGGUCUUAUUCUCAUCAUUUUGGAUUUGGAAUGGACCCUUUGAGUAAAGAUUACAAAGUUGUAUGGAUAAGGGAUUUAUUUUGGCAGGAAGAAACAUUUACAAGAAGUGCAUCCGCUGUUGUUUCAGUUUAUUCACUAAGUACUAAUUCUUGGAGGCAUUUUGAGGACAAAACAUUUUUGAGUAGUCAUAUAAUCAUGUCAUAUUUUGAUUCAUACCUUGAUGGAUUUUAUUACUGGAAGAAACUCGACGACAAACGACGUUGCGAAAUUCUUGUAUUUGAUUUUAGAAAUGAAGAUUUUCAAGUGAUACAAACUCCAGAUGUGUUCAAUUCAAAUUUAGGAACACUUGGUUUGUAUGAUGGUUCUGUUUCUAUGUUGUUUCAUUAUCUUGUUCAAAGCAAGACAUGUAUUGAGAUUUGGGUGAUGGAAAAGUUUGGAUUUUGGACUAAAAAAUUGGUUCUUGAAUCCACUUUGAUUGUUAAAAGACCAAUUGGAUAUGGUGUCAAUGGGGAGAUUUUUCUUGAAACCACAAGUUCAAAUCUUGCAAUGAUUGAUCCAAGAACACAAGAGAUUGUUAAGUGUCUUGGACCAAUAUUGGGAAAUGGUUACUCUUUGCAAGUUCUUGUUUACAAGAAGAGCUUAGUUUCCAUCAAGAAAUUGACUACUUGUAACUUAACCAAAGGUCUCACGUUCGAGCAGCUGGGUAUCUAAGUUAGUCAGAAGGGUAAAGCGAGUAUCAGACACCGCGUGAGGAACAAGGCAA